AUGAUUAAGGAAGCACAAAGUUGUUUAAUGGAAAUUUGUGGAAGUGGUCGAGUAAAAGAAUUGUUGGCUCAAGGUUUACAAUUACAAAAAUAUGCACUUCCACCAGAACAAGAAAAAUUAGAUAAACAACGUCAAUUACCAUUUCAUAUGCAUAUCAAUUUUGAAUUGUUAGAAUGUGUUUAUUUGACUUGUUCUAUGUUAUUGGAAAUUCCAAGUAUGGCUGCUGCUGAUUCCAAUCCUGAAGCUCGAAAAAAAAUAAUUAGUAAACCUUUCAGAAAAUUGUUAGAGUAUAGUGAAAAACAAGUGUUUAGUGCUGAAAAUACAAGGGAUCAUAUAAUGGGUGCAGCUAAAGCACUUGCUGUUGGUGAAUGGCAAAGAUCUCAAGAACUCAUUGGUGCUAUAAAAAUAUGGGAUUUGAUGCCUGAGAAAAAAAAGAUAAUAGAGAUGUUGAAUCAUAAAAUUCAAGAAGAAGGUCUUCGCACUUAUCUUUUCACCUACUCCACUUACUAUGCAAACUUGGGACUUGAACAAUUGAGCAAUAUGUUUUCUUUACCUGUAAACAAUGUCACUUCAAUUGUUUCUAAAAUGAUUUGGAAUGAGGAAUUAGCUGCAUCAUUGGAUCAAGUAGAAAAUGCCAUAGUGUUACACAGAGUGGAACCUACAAAAGUUCAACAAUUGGCUUUAAUGCUUGCUGAAAAAGUAGUAACAUUUGUUGAAGCUAAUGAAAAAUUAUUGGAACAAAAGCAAACAACUGGUAACCAAAGAGAUCAACCAAGACAAAGAGGCAAGAAAAAUUUUCAUAUACCAUUUAAAAGCAACAGAACUAAAUUAUCACAACAGAAUUAA